AUGAAAGGGAAAACAUUCCUUAUGAGUGGCUUCAUGAAUGAGCCCGAGUUGCCGCCUCAACAACUUGAAAGUGCACUCAACAGGCAUGCUAAUCUCAGAGGUCCCCUUGCAUCAUAUGCCAGUCAACCAACUAUAAAAUCAACACUUAGUAGAUCAACUUUAGCAGUUCUUGGUCUCGCAAAUGAAACUCACGUGCAGCAAAUUUUGUCAACUUCGUUACACUCUUCUGACACAAGAAUUUGGUUACUGGACCAAUUGAAAAUUGUUGUCGACAAGAUUGAUCGACUUCUAGGGUUUCUUGACAUCCAAAGGGAGGAUACAGAAAAACAAAUUUAUACUGUGACUUCGAAUCAGGAAUGCAGUCUUUUCAGAGUCUGUGACCAUCCCGCAUUGGGGCAUGCAUCCAGUCGUAUCAUAGUUUUCAGGAUAUCCAGGCAGCCUACUUCUAGGAAUGGGACGCACGCAUACGAUCCCUUGACACAUAUGCCAAUGGAAGUUCUUGAAACAAACCUCAUAAAAACAUGUGGGCAUGGCGGCAUCAAAUUUGACUCCACUAGAACCCCAUUUAAAACGUUUCACGAGCAAAAAUUUUCCCUUGCAAAUAUUUUGGUGCAAGAGACUUGGGGAACAAAAUCAACAAAACCUGUUCCUGUCCUGCCCGGCGUCCCAAGUUAA